CCUAUAUAUUUAUAUUUUUAUUGAAAACAAAAAACAAAAAAAUUAUUUUUUUUAACGCUAUUACGUGUGUUUGAAUUUAUUUUCCAUUUUUUCGCCGACAUUGUGUUUUUACGCACAUACGAGUGUAUUUUGACAUGCACUUACACUUUCUUUUUUCCUUUCUAGGACGGCUGGAAAAGAACGAUGCAGUUUACGAGGAGUCGAAAUUUUCGUUGUAACUCUUUCUUUUUUUACUAUGUUGUACCUCGGUCCCAUAUAGUAAGGAAAGACGACCAGACGCUGCUACACUUAGUAAGCUAUCAGAAGAGUGUUUACCAACGACAAACUCGUUGAGUGUAAACUUCUGGCUGGCCACGUCUUAGGGUCGUCACUGCCCCACUAGGGGGAGAGUGAUCUGUAGCGGUAAAUAAAUCCUCAAAACAAAUAUUUCUAAGUUCUCGACAUUGGAUGCUGACCAUAUAUUUUAGUGGACUCAUCUAGCUGAAGGCGCUCGGUCAUGCAUCCGCACCAGAUCACGUGUGGUAACGCCGUGCUCAACAUCAACCGCAAUCGCUAGCUAGAUUAGAUCAGAGAAUUCCGAUAUAUUGGUUAUCGCCAAAUACACUCUUCCGAUCUCCUCGACUCUGUCUUUUGAUUUCUUUGGGUGGGAACGAAAUACAUUAGAAGGUGUUACUGGUAGAAGCGUUGUCAAACACUGAAUACCUGUCACAUGCUCAAGCUGAACUAAGCGAAAUGGAGAGACACCUGGGUGGAUCUGAUGGUGUUAUGGCACAGAGAACAGAUAAUCACAUGUGAUAUUUGAUUAGCCGGAAAAUAUAAUAAACUGAAAAAGAAAAAAAAAGAAGUGAUUUCCAGUUUAUAAUGACACUCCAUACGUAACAAGUAACUUUUCUACCAAACUGAGAUAAUAGUACAACUUCCAUUGUAAAAGUUGUCAUUUCUGUCAGGUUCAAUACCUAUAGUGUUUGAACAUCAUCCACGCUAAUAACGUAAAAAUAACUACCCAGUAAGCUAAGCCGCUGUCUCACCUUUUUUACACCUUAAAUUCUGGUAUAGCAGGGAUUUCGUGCACCAUUAUAAGGAUAUACGUAACAUAAAGUUCAACCAACCCAGUAGAUGAAGUUCGGAAACCCUAUUACAAUUGUAUGCUUAACUUUGAAACUACUUCACUGGUUCCAACAUGCGCGGGUAGUGAUUUCACGAUCAUUUUGACCAGAUUCUUGUAAUGCAAACAUAGUUGACCUUCCAAGAAAACACCCUACACUAGUAAUGCAGUACAGAUCGAAACACUGAACAGUACAUUUGUUAUUUACACUCUUAUUUUUUCCACUGACCCUACUCACGCUGGUGGUUAUGGUGUAACUCGUAUGGUGAGCCAAGAUCCUACUUAAAAACAACGUCACACACUUAUUCAAUAACGUCGUCCGGCAGCAACCACUUUGUCUAACUAAAUUUCUUGCUCUCACUUGUAAUUCUCCUCCCAACAACAAAAAGCAAAACAACUUUCUAAGCGUGCAAACCACAGUUCACACUUUACAGCAUUAAAUACAGGUUAAGCUACAGAGAUGGCACCCAUGCAAUACAUUUACAUAAAUGGUUCAGUGAAUUAUUAAUUAACAUUAUACGAAGAAAUAAUAACAACAGCAAUAACAAUAAGCUCAGCAUUGAAAUAUACAAUAUGAGGAAUUAACAAAUAACAACAGAAAAUACAUAUUUGAGACUGACCCAAUAACAAAACUGUCACUUUGGCUUUAAAUAUGCACACUUUGUAGACAAAAAUGUUGCAUGGGUGAAACUCUACUUUAUGGACGACCUUUGAACGAAUUUUUAAGUGACCUUGAGAACAUUAGCGAAUCAGAAAAGAGUUAGUAUAAAGUAAAAAUAUAUUAUAAAAAAGUAAUGAAUUACAAUGGAUAUUCUUCUUUUACAUGAUUUAAGAACUUGUUCGAGCAGAUUUUUUUCUCCAACAUAUAGUACAACGACAUACAAUGUCAUCGCGGCAGUCUGCACAUCGUGCUGCGGUCAUUUAAUUGCCGCAGUCACAGACACAGGAACUUCUUAACAGUGCCAUCUGCUGUAGUCUCUCAACGAUCACCUAUUCUCUAAAAUCUGCUGUAAAACGAUCUUUUCUCCAGGGCACAACAUGGUUUUCGGGAAGGCCUAUCUUGCUUGACAAAUCUUCUCAUUGCACGAGAAGAGUGGGCUGCGGCAAAGGAUCGGAAUGCUCCUGUGGAUGUAAUUUUCAUAGAUCUAAGUAAAGCCUUUGAUAAGGUUUCACACUCUGGUCUUAAAUUCAAACUGAAACGUUUUGGAAUCCAUAACACAGUCGUCGAUUGGAUAAGUAACUUUCUCCAUGACAGGAGACAAAGGGUAAGGGUUAAUGGGGCUCUCUCCUCGUGGGUACCUGUAAAAUGUGGGGUUCCCCAAGGCACAAUCCUAGGUCCUCUUCUCUUUUUACUUUAUGUAAAUGAAUUGCCAACUGUAGCAAAAUCAUCCGUUCUACUCUUCGCUGAUGACAUAAAGAUUUGGAGACCCAUACAUAGUAUGUCGAAUAGAAUAGUAUUACAGGACGAUCUUAGCUCAUUGGUGGCAUGGUUAGACAGGUGGUCACUAGAAGUAAAUCCUAAUAAGAGUGUAGUGAUGCAGUUAAAUAACUCUGAUGAAUCGUAUGACUAUACACUACGUGGAUUCGUGCUACACAAAGCAAGAAACUAUAAAGACUUAGGAGUUAUAUUAAGCAAUGAUCUCAAAACGACUAGUCACUGUAAGGCUGCUGCUGCAAAAGGCUAUAGGGUAUUAUGGUCAAUUCGUAGGUCUUUUCAGUAUUUAGAUGAUGAAAUGUUUGGAUUACUAUACCCGAUUUAUGUGCAACCACAUUUAGAAUACGGGAUUCAAGUAGCGAGUCGUCGAGACUCGCAUCGACGACCAUUCGAAUCAGCAUACGAAGGACCCUUCAAAGUUCUUCAACGUGAAUCUAAGUACUAUAUAGUCGAUAAGAACGAAACAAACGAUAGCAUCAGCAUCGUUCGCUUAAAAGCAGCGUAUUUAGAAGGAAAUCCUAUCUACGUGGAUUUUCCUUCGGUGCAAUCGCACAACACGACUCCUACACUCAUAAUUCCUCAACCGACAACCAACACUAGCGAUGAUACACCGAAUGUGUCUGAUAAUAAACCUAAAACGACGCGUUCUGGAAGAAGAGUAAGAUUUCCAGAACAUUUAAACGACUACUGCACGUAAGGCACUACUCGACAUUUUAUAUUAUCUCGAUUUUUCCUUUUACGAUAUAUAAUAUUUCAAAAAAAAACAAUUUUAGUAUGCCUAUAUAUUUAUAUUUUUAUUGAAAACAAAAAACAAAAAAAUUAUUUUUUUUAACGCUAUUACGUGUGUUUGAAUUUAUUUUCCAUUUUUUCGCCGACAUUGUGUUUUUACGCACAUACGAGUGUAUUUUGACAUGCACUUACACUUUCUUUUUUCCUUUCUAGGACGGCUGGAAAAGAACGAUGCAGUUUACGAGGAGUCGAAAUUUUCGUUGUAACUCUUUCUUUUUUUACUAUGUUGUACCUCGGUCCCAUAUAGUAAGGAAAGACGACCAGACGCUGCUACACUUAGUAAGCUAUCAGAAGAGUGUUUACCAACGACAAACUCGUUGAGUGUAAACUUCUGGCUGGCCACGUCUUAGGGUCGUCACUGCCCCACUAGGGGGAGAGUGAUCUGUAGCGGUAAAUAAAUCCUCAAAACAAAUAUUUCUAAGUUCUCGACAUUGGAUGCUGACCAUAUAUUUUAGUGGACUCAUCUAGCUGAAGGCGCUCGGUCAUGCAUCCGCACCAGAUCACGUGUGGUAACGCCGUGCUCAACAUCAACCGCAAUCGCUAGCUAGAUUAGAUCAGAGAAUUCCGAUAUAUUGGUUAUCGCCAAAUACACUCUUCCGAUC